AAAUCAGUUAGGAACAAAUACUUUCCCAUAAAAUAAGGUCCACAAAAUACUCCGAUUUCAAAAUUCAAAUUUCUAGGCACUAAAGGUCGCGUGAAUCAAGUAAAAAUUGCUCCAGGGUUCCAAUUUAUUUCAGCUUGAUUAUUUCACUUAAAAGAAAGAACAGUUUAAGUUGUGAUCACACAAAUAACUCAUCCUUGACAGUGACAGUGUACACAGCCAUGUUGUAACCGUAUUGGACAGCUGACCGCGUGGAAGAUAAUUGGAAAGAUUUUUUCGUUUAUUUAUGAGAGAAUUCAAUGCUUUAAAAAAGUGCAUUUCAAGUGCUUUUAUCAGGAACAUAGAAUUAUUUAAGUCAAAGCAAGCUUUCCUGCGAUUGUUUCAAAGAAAAUACUUCCAUGUACUCCGUUGUCGAACGGACCUGCAUUAUCGAUCUGAAGGGUCGAAAACGCCGGCGUAUUAUUUAGGAAAUAAGAAAUAUUAAAACUUCACUUCGCGCACCGCGCUCAAGGCAAGCCAGUGCGCAAUUUCUAUGAUGUGAGCUGACUCACAUCUCGCACGCAGUAUCUUCACCAUCGCCUCUCACCGGCGCACCGAGUUCCACGCAUGUGUGCUAAUGCGCGGGUUGUGAGGUCAUACACCCACCUUCACAGGUGGUUCGUUUUUCAUUCAAACCGUGCAGAACGUCGUGAGAUAAACGCGCGAGAAACACUCAAGAACAUCCGGUCGCGGUGCCAGUAAUUCUUUUCACACGAUGAUCAUGAGGACGUUGUUCACGGUUCAUUCUAUGUGUUCAUUUUCUCUGAUACUCGUAUUCACGGUCACUGCCAUUGGCGGCAAUUACACAGAUAUUAAUCUACCGCACGAGCAUAUCAAGUAUUAUUUCAACUCUUUUCCCACGGUAGCAGAAAAAUGCCGCAAUGAUGCGACGUGUCCAUAUAAGGAUAGUCUCGAUAUUAAAGGGUGUUGGGGUUACGAAGAAGAUUGCAAAGCAGAACAUUCUUUUUCCGUUCCGCAUUGCCCAGGCGAUCACAAGGGAUGGGUCGCUACAAAAAGAGCUCAAUUGGAUACAUUUUAUGCACAAGGCGAUUUCGGAUACGUGCGCGAUCAAAGAAAAGAGAUGAUGUUAUUAUGUGAACCGUUAUUCUUAGAUGAUUCGUCCUUGGAGUGCUCGGAGCACAUGAGGUUCUGCAGAGCGAGAAAUGUGAUGCUAAAUUUCACAGAUCUGCUGAAACGAAAGGAACCUAUACGAUACAAAAUGGACGUUCUUAAAGAAGGCCAAAUUGGCGGCUACUGCACGCUGAACGAAAAGAGAUUACAGGAAAACGCGGAUCACAUUAGUCCGCUGCAAUCCUGGGGGCCAGAAUUACGAAACUUUCGCAAAUUACCUCAUCGGCCAAUUGUUCAUGGCGAUUGUGACGUCGUCAUUGAGAAACCGACUUUUAUCCUGAAGAUAGAUGCGAUAGUGAACAUGUAUCAUCACUUUUGCGAUUUUUUCAACCUGUUCGCAUCAUUGCACGUGAAUCUCUCGCAUUCAUCCGCCUUUGAUACCGACAAUCAUCUAAUGAUCUGGGAAAGUUACAGCUAUCGAUCGGCGUUCCAAGACACCUUCGAAGCAUUCACAAGCAACCCGUUAUGGGACUUGAAAACAUUUCGAGGAGAGACAGUGUGCUUCAGGAACUUGGUGUUUCCCCUACUGCCGCGAAUGAUUUUCGGUCUUUUCUACAAUACCCCACUCAUUUAUGGCUGUGAAAAGUCCGGAUUGUUCAAAGCCUUUAGCGAUCAUGUGAUGCAUCGACUUCAAAUACCUCUUCACCAAAGGAAAGAUCGAAAAAUUCGAGUAACAUUGCUGAGCAGAGAUACUCAAUACAGAAAGAUCUUAAACGAGAAUGAAUUGGUAAAAGCUUUGAAGGAGGAUCCGGAGUAUAAAGUUAGGAAGGUGAUAUACAAUAAAAAUGUGUCUUUCAAAAAGCAAUUGGAAAUCACUAGGAAUUCCGAUAUUUUCAUCGGUAUUCAUGGCGCCGGCUUAACGCAUUCACUGUUUUUGCCGGAUUGGGCAGCAGUAUUUGAAAUAUAUAAUUGCGAAGAUCCUAAUUGUUACAAAGAUCUUGCACGUUUGAGAGGUGUAAAAUAUUUUACAUGGGAAGAUACAUCAAAAUUAGAGCAACAAGACCCGGGGACACAUCCUGAUGGCGGGGCUCACGCCAAGUUUACGAACUAUAGUUUCGACGUCAAAGAGUUCCUCAGAAUCGUUUCGCUUGCAAGAAAUCAUGUAAAACACCAUAAUGCAUUUAAAAAGUUUAACAAUUCUCACAACAAAAUACAAAAUGAUACUAGGACGACGGAUAAUGAAGAAUCAGUAUCACAACCUUCCGACGCUAAAGAAUCGAUACUACAAAAAUCGGAUAUAUUAUCCAAAGAUGAAUUAUGAACAAGACUCUUAGGCGCUAAAUUAACAAGAUGAGGUAUGAAAAUAGAACGUGAUCUAAAGUGCAUUUGUUGAUCGAAAUCCUUACAUACUUAUUUUUAUACUAAUGUACAUACUUUGUUUUGAUAAGUAAAAUAAACGCGCGAUAAAUCUGGAUA